AUGCCUCCAGUAAAUCAACGAGGAAAGGAUCGACCGAAGCCCAAGGCAAAGAGCAGCGGUAAAUCCAAAAGCACGACCAAGAGGACAAACAAUAUUGAGAGCGCCAAAAGCAAUGGGAAGACCAUGAGCAAACAUGGUGUUGCGCCAGGAAACACCUCCAUUUCUAUUGCUAAAAAUAAUGAAACGGUACUGGGAGUGACACUUCUGCCAAUUCCACUGCAGCAGCUGCUUCUGAACGUUUUCCAGUCAGGCCUUCUCUCUGAUAAAGCUUCUGCAACAGAGCCCUUGUCACGACCUUUAUCAGAACUGGUCCAGAUACUGAAGACCCAUCUGUAUCGGCGGGACUUUUUGUCUGCAUUUGCUGAUGCAAAUGAGGAGUUGCUCAAAGCAUACGCCCUACGGUGGAGUGCCGGAAGAGCUCUAGCCUAUGCGGGCAUAUUUGCAUCUGUAUGUGAAAUGAUCAUUCAGCAUCGUACCACAGUCGCAGAAACUAUUACAACCGGGAGUCAUGUUGUUUGCAUUGGAGGAGGUGCGGGAGCAGAGAUUGCGGGAUUGGCGGCAGUGUGGAGAUGGCUUCAUGAUGGGAAGAAAUCCAGUGCUGAAGAUUCCGUUAGUCUGAAUAGCGAAGAGAAAGCUGUUUCAAUAAAUGAUGCCUUGGAUGAUUUGUCAUUACGAAACGAAACACAGCUGGGGAAUGAUCCAAACGCUCGCCAAUCUGAGGAUGAUCUAGCUAGUGGUAAUUGUGACACGCCUUCCGACCGGCAGCCAUUCUCAGAGCUGUCGAUCACCGCUGUGGAUAUUGCAGACUGGUCUUCCCUUGUUGGCAGUUUGAAUAAAUCAAUCUUGUCAGAGUCCAUACCAGCGUCGAAGGUUUGUCCUGCGCCGCUGGUUCCUUUCCAAAGUACAGGGAGCCGAGCCGAUUGUGGUUUUCGCGUCUUCUUUAAGAAAGAAGACGUAUUAAGCUUGACAGGUCAAGAGCUAAAUUCUUUGCUGGUCCCACCUGGGGUUGAUAUGAAUGGCAAGACUGGCCAUAAGAAGUUGGCUACGAAACGAAACACCACUGUUCUAGUUACUCUGAUGUUCACGUUAAACGAACUUUUCUACACCUCGAUACCCAAAACAACAGCGUUCUUGCUUCAGUUAACCGAUAUGCUCUACCCUGGGACGAUACUUCUCGUUGUUGAUAGCCCUGGAAGUUAUUCAACCGUUACUCUGGGCGGUAGAAUGGAUCAUUCUACGGAGUCAUCAAACCUCGAUUCUCCCUCUUCCUCCCAGCAAGAAAGCUCAACCAAUCAAGAUAUCCACAAAGAAUAUCCAGAAGGCUCAGCAAUUACAAAGCAGCAGAGGAACUAUCCAAUGCGGUUUCUCCUCAACCAUGCGCUGCUUUCCGUCGCUGGUGGCAAAUGGGAAUGUAUUGUAUCAGACGAUUCUAGGUGGUUUCGAAGGGACACGUCUAAACUUAGAUAUCAAGUCGGGGAUGGAAUUGGCUUGGAGGAUAUGAGAUUCCAAAUCCAUGCCUAUCGACGGCUGAUGGACUAA